GUUUGGGAUGUCAGUGACGUGAGCAACUAAGGAUUAUCUUUCUUUACCACAAGAUAACUGUCUUUAUCGAAAAAUAAUAAUAAUCUGCCGAAGUGCUUGCCAAAGGAAAGUUGGACCUCACAACCAGAUGUUCAACAGAGGGAGUAACUUCUGGCCAGAUGUGAGAAGAAUGUCCUGGUUAGGACCUUCUCUGAACGCUCGCCACUAACCGCUGACUUCACAUAUACGUCAAGAAGAUCUAUCAGACUCGAGGGACUGUAAGAGCUCCAUUUCACCACACUUUUUGGUUUCCCCCAAUGGCCUUUUAUUACUGAACUUCUUUCCAUCUUGAGACUUUCCUUCUGGUCUAAUUUUAAAGAGAAGUCGGUCCUUGGUGGCUAAUCAAGAAUGACAAAAUGUAGAGAACUCUUACUGUACUUUUGAGUGGGUGGAGGAUCUGGUGAAAUGCUUGGCUGACUCAACAGUUGGACGCAAAGAAGCACCUGUAUUUGUUUGUGUGCUUUCCGUUGGCCUUAAUAAUAAGGCUCUAUGGUCUAGUGGGGGGAACUCGUCAUGCCUGUUGCCGUUCGUAAGAAAAGCUGGGAGGAUCAUGUUACCCCACGCAUAGGAUUACAAUACAGCUAUGAUGACCUAGACUUGGUCUGCUGCCAUGUGCAUUAUCAGCACAGUAGAUGUGCCUCAAUGCCUGAGUGUAGUCAUCACCAGCCUCUGACAUUACCCUGUCUCCAGGAGGAUAUCAGAGAUGGUACAAGAACGAUGGCAAGGAUAGUGCAGAAGUUUGACGGUGGAACUCAACCUAGCUUUGAAGGUGCAAGGUCCCAAUCAUUGAUGCCAGGAGACACCGUCAAUGAUACAGCACAGCAUAAGAGUGACCGAGAUAGCAGGCCACCUUCAGACUAUGUGGCAAAUCAAGAUGAAUUGCAAUGUUCUGCUUCAGGAACUUUGCAAGCGCACAGUGGAGAUCCAGAUAAUAAGGAACUAAACAAGGAUAAAGAAUCUGCUUCACUUAGCCUGACACAUUAUGUACCUCCUACUGCAGUAUUCGCACCCGUAGAGGAAACGAGUGAUUUAUCAAAUGCAUUGAAGGACAAUAACUCUGUUAAAGUUGACUGUUCUGAAAUAACUUCAGAAAAUAUUGAAUCCACGAUGAAGGUCAGUGUGGGCAGUCGGAUGUUACUACAUGAACACAUGAGUGUCACAAGCGAGUUCACAUAUAUAACUAAUAAACCUCCCACCUCUGAUUCACAGCAGAAAUCUGCUGACCCACGUAAUAUUGUGAAAGUACAAUGUUGUGAAAAUUCUAAAAGGAGGAUUUUAACAUGUGGAAUGCUAGCUGAAUGUUCGUACACAGGCAGAACUGUGAUCCCAAACUUACCAUCAUCAGUUUCUCAAGAAAUGCACAUUCCAGAAGCUAGCUCAGAUGCUAAUAAAGCAAGUCUAGUGUCCAAACAUUGCAUAGUGCCUCAAGGUCAAGACGAUGAAAAUCAGGAGGAUGAUGGCAUUUUUAAAUGUUCUGAUCAUGAGAUGUUAAUAAUUGGAAGCCUUAAACCACCUGCUUGUGAAAGUUCUCUACUGGAACCAUCUGGAAAAAUUGACAUCUCGGAAACGAGGCAUGACUGCUUCUCAAAACUCCAAACUAUCCAUGAGGGGUCCUUUGCUGAAUCGGGAGAUGAUGCUUCAGCUCAGAUAUCAGUAGAGAUGCCAGUAAAUCUAGCAAGUGCAGAAUUAAAAACCAACAACUGUGAGAAUUUGAUAAGUUCAGAGGAUGAAGACAUAAGUCUAAAGGAGCCAACAAGAGAAGAACCUCAACCUGAAGGACUCUAUGAUGAACAUCAGGCAAACCAAUACACAAAUACAGCCAAAGACACAGAGAGUGUCCCAAAAGCUGAAGGAUCCCUUGUCAAGCUUCGCACAAGGAAGAGCUCACGGGAGGAGAGGGAGAAAGAAAGGUCACGUUUGGACUCCAUGGUUCUGUUAAUAAUGAAGUUGGAUCAGCUGGAUGAAGAGAUUGAGAAUGCUCUAAGCUCCUCUCUCAAUAGUACUCCCAACUUUAAGAGGCACAUCAUCUCUGAAGUUGAUUUAGAAAUGCAGGAUUCAGCAGGAAGUCUUUCAGGCUCCUCCCAGUCUCUAAACACCCCACUUUAUCGCUCAUCAUCAUCGCUGUCUUCAUCAGGACCCUCUGGAACUUCUGGGGCUAGACCAAAAAAUGAGAUCUCUGCUGUGCUUUCCGAGAAAGACAGAGCCGAAAUCGAGGCGAAGGAGGCGUGUACAUGGCUAAGGGCUGCUGGUUUUCCACAGUAUGCUCAGCUUUAUGAAGACGGCCAGUUCCCGAUUGAGAUUUCCUCUGUUACCAGAGAUCAUGACUUCUUGGAUCAAGAUGCCAUAGAAGCCUUGUGCAGGAGACUGAACACCCUAAACAAGUGUGCUCUUAUGAGAUUAGAGAUCACCCCUCAAAGAAAAAGAAGUGAGGACUCUGAUGAAGAUGAGCCAUGUGCCAUAAGUGGCCGUUGGACUUUCCAGCGGGACAGCAAGCGCUGGUCUCGCCUGGACCAGCUGGACCUUGAUGUAUUCUCCUCUCCUGCUGGAGACACUGGCUCCUUCACUCCCUUCCUAUCCCAUGAUGAUUGUUUUGCCAGAGGACCCCUUUUAAAGGAGGGAGUUAGUGCAGAGAGCAUCUUAACAGAUCUUAGUGAGCAACCAGAGGUGGACUCUCUGCACAGUGCUGGUAGUGGAUGCCGAGGAGGGUCCCUGACUACCACUGUACCAUCCAGCCCUGCUACAACCAUUUCCAAUGCAAACACAGCAACUACAACCAGGGCGAGCUCAGUUGCUAGUGUUUACUCCUCUGGAACAUCAGGUGCUAAUGAAGACUCCCUGUCUGAUGGGCUUCCAUCGCCAAUGGAACGCGACACUUUUGCAUUCGAUUUAAAACCAAGCUUUAUAAACAGCAGUACUGAAAAAAGCACACGUUCGCGAGCAAAGAGUUUCUUGAAGCGCAUGGAAAGCUUGCGUCUACGCACCAGCAGCAAUGCUUCCUCCAAGCGCAAGAAGAAGGGUGUAGCUGGUCAAGGUAAGCUGGAAAUCAGCGGGCCGGUGUUGAAAGAAGGUCUUGAUGAAGACAAACUACGAAGCCUCAACUGUGUGGACAUCGCAACUCUGGAUCGUAAUGCAAACCAAAACCGAAGCAUCACCUAUUCAACGCAGACAAGCAGUGGGAGUGCAGGGAGUAGCCAAUCAGAGGCCAGCAGUGGAAGUACUGUAAGUACGCCCAGUCCAGUCUCAAGAGCACGUAGUCACAGCACAGCAGCAGGGUCCACCAAGAGAGGUGGGAUGUACCUGGAAGGCUUUGACCCAUUCAAUUUUGUUGUGCUGCAACCUUCAGAAGACCAAAAAGGGAAGCAGAAUCACCAGAAACAAAGUAAGAAGAUGGAGCCCAGCUCAACUGCAGAGAACUGUCACAACUUUCAGAGUUCAGAUUAUAGACGGAUGGAGGAAGAAGAGAGAGAAGAAGAGGAAGGAGGUGUGAUCUUCUUCUACUUGCCUGAAGGCCACAAGCCUGGCACUUUUCCUAAAGCACUUGCGGAUGGGGGACCCUAUCGUGGUGGCGAUAAUAUAAGUCGACGCCCACCCCGGAGGGGCUCGGUCACCUCACUGGACAGUCGAUUGAGUGUCUAUGAUAAUGUUCCUUUCUCAGAAGUGGGAGAUGAUGAGGACGAGGCAGAAGGAGAGGAUGAGUCAAAACUUGAAGACGUGUUGGAGCGAGUCAGUGGACUACAGCAAUUGGUCAAUGCCUGGUCAGAAACAGGGACUGGGGAAGAAGAAGAGGAUGAAGAGGAAGGGGAUUCAGACUCAGCCCUUGAUUCUGCAUCUCCUUGUCCAUCAUCCCCAAUGCAGAACCGCUUAGAAGAGACAGAGAACGGUAGUGACCAGGACAGCACUGGAAACCCACUAGCAGAAAGGGAUGAGACGCUCAGCUCACGUGAAAGAUGCGACUCUGGUGUGGGAGCAUCACUUACACGAGCCAACAGACCUCAGAGACUGCGCUGGCCAAGUUUCCAGAGCUCCCACAGGCCAAGUCUGUCAUCAACUGUGCUACAAGUUGGAUGUCAGUCAGUUUUGCAGAUGAACCUCCUUCAGAAAUACAGCCUACUCAAACUUACCGCUCUACUGGAGAGAUACACGCCAACCAACAAGCAUGGCUUCAGCUGGGCAGUUCCCAAGUUUAUGAAGCGGAUCAAGGUUCGAGACUAUAAGGACAGGAGUGUGUUUGGAGUUCCACUGCAGGUGAUAGUUCAAAGAAGCGGACAAACCUUGCCUCAGAGUAUUCAGCAAGCUAUGCGUUACCUACGGAGCCAAUGCCUCGAUCAGGUGGGGCUGUUUAGGAAAUCUGGGGUGAAGUCACGUAUCCAAGCCCUUCGCCAAAUGAACGAGUCAUGCGGCGCUGGUGGGGGCGGAGUCAACUACGAGGGCCAAUCAGCUUAUGACGUGGCCGACAUGCUAAAGCAGUAUUUCCGAGACCUUCCAGAGCCUCUGCUUACCAGCAAAUUAUCUGAUACUUUUCUGCAGAUAUAUCAGUAUGUUCCCAAAGAGCAGCGUCUGCAGGCGGUGAGGGCCGCCGUAUUGCUGUUGCCAGACGAGAACCGCGAAGCCCUGCAGACUUUGCUGUGCUUCCUGAGUGAUGUAACGGCCAGUGUGGGUGAGAACCAGAUGACCUGCACUAACCUGGCCGUGUGUUUGGCCCCCUCUCUCUUCCACCUCAACACAAUGCGGAGAGAGAGCUCCUCACCCAGAGUCAUGAACAGAAAGAACACCCUGGGAAAACCAGACCAGAGGGACUUGAACGAGAACCUGGCCGCUACACAUGGCCUAGCGCAUAUGAUACAGGAGUGCCGAAAACUCUUCCUGAUCCCAGAAGAGAUGUCACGCUGUAGGAACUCUUACAUGGAGCAGGGCUUGAGUCCCAUGAGGAUGGAGGUGUUGGUGGAAGACAGCAGUUCUUGUAGCUACCAAAGUCUCCUCAAAGACAGUACCGAUGCCCUGUUUAAAGAAGCCAAGGACAAAUUCAAGGGUUAUGACAGCUGCUCGACUCCUGAAAACGCUGAGCUUGCAUAUAAGAAGGUUCAGGACGGGUCAUCUCUGCGACAGUGGAAAGUGUGCGUGGACAUGCCUGCAUCGGCUGAGGACGUCUUGCAGCGGAUUCUGCGGGAGCAGGAACGCUGGGAUGAGGACCUGUUAGAGUGCAGGAUUGUGGAAACACUGGAGCAUAACACGGAAGUCUAUCAGUAUGUCAGGAACUCAAUGGCGCCCCAUCCACCAAGAGACUACGUGGUGCUCAGGUCAUGGAUGACAGACUUGCCCAAGGGAGUGUGUGCUCUGGUGUGUGUGUCAGUGGAUCACGAGGGUGCAGGGGUUCUGGGUGUUCGUGCUAAUGUUCUGACCUCUCGCUAUUACAUCGAACCCUGCGGACCCAACAAGAGCCGGCUCACACACAUUUCCAGAAUAGACUGCAGGGGUCGUUGCAAAGAAUGGUACAAUAAGCUGUAUGGUCACCUGUGUGCUGCAGAAGUGGUGCGGAUACGUGACUCUUUUACCUGCCUGGACAAAUAAACAUGCAACCUGGCAUGUGCUUUGACGUUUCAUUUCACCUCUCCGAACUCUAACUCUAGAGAGGAAGAAUGAUGAUGAUUUAAAACUCCCUUAACAUACGAUCUGAGCCCUUAUAUGAAAUAAACCAAUGACUGUGCUGAAAUCAACAAGCUACAUUGGUCAAAGCUCUUGCCAUUUGGAUGGAUAAGCCUGAAAGACUGGAAAUGGGCGUCCCUGCUGCUAUGACAUCAUCAUCACUGAUGGCAAAACAUUUGACCUUUUUACUGAUCAUGUCAUAGGGUGACUACAUAAAACGGGAGGUGCUUUUGCUUCUGAGAAGCAAGUAUGCAUGUGUUUAUUUUUAUUUUUUUUGAAUGAUUGUGGAAGUAAGCCUUUAGUGUGUCUGAUUUGAAUGUGUAUUAUUGACAAAUGAGACAUAUUCCAUGCACUGACACCUGCUGCAAUAUAGUGUUUAAACCUGUUUCUGUGUGUGUGUGUCACUGUUACAUAGUCUGCAAUGCUGUGUACGGUGCUUUCAUAAUAUUUAAGAGAAUGUACUGAUGGAUGAAUGGAUGGACAGACAUGUUUGUCUCUAUACAAGACGGAAGGUGGUGGCUGGCACACCUUUGAAAGGAAGACAGGAAAUGUGCGACGGAGGAAAAGACUAGAGCAUGUAUACACUUAAACAGCACAGAGGGUUCCAACAGCACCAAAACCAAAGCUGAGAUCAAUACAAUGUGGACCAAUUCUACAUAGCAAAGUAAUCCAAGGAUUCAACACAGGACUCCAAAGAAAACAUAAAUACAGUUUCCUCACUCUGAGGCCUGUGAUUGGUCAUGGUCAGUGCUGCAAACCAAUAAAAUUCCUUCAGCGGCUUCGACCAUUUAACAUCUGAGCCCUGGGAAAAGAGAGUGUUACGAAGGACUCAAAGGAUAGGAAAAGCUUUUUGGGUUGAAUGUUCAGGUUUGAUUAUAGGGGCCUACCGAGGCAAUCAUUUUGUCAGAGGAUGGUAAAGAGUGUACGAGUGGAAAUGAUGUCUGUUUGUUUGUCAGUGUUAACCAGAAAUGAAGUAAAAUUCUAAAAUAGUAACGAAGCUUGCAUUUACACUUAACUAUAACCAGGCCUGCGGUCACGUCAAUAAAGUAGGAGUGCUACUGAUGCUUCAGAUGAGUCCAGUACUCCUAUUGAGGUGCUUUAGUGGGUUGGAUGUCUCGAUUUAUUGCUACUUACGUGGCUGUCCAUGGCGGUGUAUCAUAAACGUGUGUAAAUGAAAUGUAUGCUGCCAAACGGAGAAUAACGCAUGACAAUGACCUCUCUGUAUUUAUAUCACUCAUAUCGUGUUUUUUUGUAUGUAUCUUAUUUUAUUGUAAAUGUUACACUCUUAAGUUACAGAAAUGAGAAAGUUGUUUAUCUUUUUUAUUAUUAAUGUUAUUUCUGUACAGAUUAAUCGUGGUCAAAAUGCACUAUUAAAUGUAUUAAAACAGCAUGAAAACAGCAAA